AAAGUGUCCAUUUUAAAUGCAUCGAAAUUGCCAGAGGUACUGAAUUUGGUAGGUCGCUUCCUGCAUGUCAAUUACGAUGAGCUCAUAUUGCUCUCUCGUGACGUCAAGAUGCCUUUAUAUUACACGCCUGUUGCGCGUUGAGCAAAGCUCGCGCACUCAGCUGGAAUACUGAACGACGGGUUCACAGCUGGUUCUGAGAAGCAUUUUGCCUCUAUAAUGCAGCAGCAGACAAAUGAGGUAGCACAUGAACGGACACCAAACGGUCAACAUUAAUUUGCAGCCACACGCGCGCUGCGGUCUCGUUAAAAGCUGAAAACAUUUGAGAAACUCUGAUCGAUACUGCGGACUUUAAUGAGCAGAACUGUCUGCCUGCUACUUAGCUAGUCAGUUUGUGUGCCUCUGUUGAGCGUCAAGCGAAGCCCAUCUGUCAACAGUCCAAAGUGCUCUCAAAGAUGAAGCGCGCUGUCAGUGAAAAUCAUCAUCAUCAUAAUCAUCUGCACCGAGUUAUGAUGCUGAUGUGCCGCGCUGCGCUGAGGUGUUCAUUAAAACGAGAAUAACGGGCUGAUUUAAACUACAGCUUUAAUAUGAGCGAGGAAGACCGGCUAACUCUUCUGGACGGGGACUGGAGAGACUCGCCGGUGGAGACGCUCUCACGCGCGGGCUUCAUCGCUCUGUCCGUGUUCCUAGGAUUCAUCAUGACUUUCGGCUUUUUCAAUAACUUUGUCGUGUUAGUACUCUUCUGUAAGUUUAAGACGCUCAGGACGCCGGUUAACAUGCUGCUUCUCAACAUUAGCGUCAGUGACAUGCUGGUGUGUAUGUUCGGGACGACGCUGAGCUUCGCGUCCAGUGUGCGGGGACGGUGGCUGCUCGGGAGGCACGGCUGCAUGUGGUACGGCUUCAUCAACUCCUGCUUCGGCAUUGUGUCUCUGAUAUCCUUGGUGGUUCUUUCUUACGACCGCUACAGAACAUUGACGGUGUACCAUAACCGCGGUCCAGACUAUCGCAAACCUCUUCUGGCAGUAGGGGGUUCGUGGCUCUACGCUUUGUUUUGGACAGUGCCCCCUCUUCUGGGCUGGAGUAGUUAUGGGCUGGAGGGGGCGGGAACCAGCUGCUCUGUAUCUUGGACCGAGAGUACGGCCCAGUCUCAUGCCUACAUCAUCUGCCUGUUCAUAUUCUGCUUGGGACUACCAGUGCUCGUCAUGGUCUACUGUUAUGCGAGACUGCUGUAUGCCGUCAAACAGGUAGGGAAGAUACGCAAGACGGCAGCGCGGAAACGGGAAUACCACGUUUUGUUCAUGGUUAUCACCACGGUGGUGUGUUACCUUCUGUGCUGGAUGCCGUACGGUGUCGUGGCCAUGAUGGCUACAUUUGGCCGGCCAGGAAUCAUCUCACCUGUGGCCAGUGUGGUCCCCUCUCUCCUCGCCAAGAGCAGCACAGUCAUCAACCCACUCAUAUACAUCCUGAUGAACAAACAGUUCUACAGGUGCUUCUGCAUCAUGUUCUGCUGUCAGAGGAGCUUGAUGCAGAACGGUCAUUCCACCAUGCCCUCCAAGACCACAGUCAUCCAGCUCAACCGUAGAGUCCACAGUAACACUGUUGCCUGCACCGCUCAGAUCUCCACCGACAUCCACAACCACGACUGCAGCACUCCGGCCACAGAGAGGACCAACCCUCCAGAGGUCACCACCUAACCUGACCCGAGCCAUCAGUCCCGACAUCGAACAUAACGUAGACAAUGUGGGCGACGGUUUCCAGUGUUUCUUUCUUUUGCAGUUGCAACAAUGAAUUGUUAAUCAAUUAUAAAAUUAGUGGAUAGUCAACAAAGCAUUUUAUUGCGGAUUAUUGAGGUCUUUUCGCUGUGCAUAAGGAACCUUGAGUGAUUAAUUUUGCGGUUACAAAAACAAAAAAACAACAACAAGCACUUGAAAAAUACCAGAGGCUACAGAACAAGGUCAAGUGGCAAAGAAAAGAUAAAAAAAGUACACUGCAAGAUAUCUGAAGCAUGAGAGCAUUAUAUUGCACGCUUCAUAAGAAGUUAUAAGCAUAUAGUUCCAUGUGGCCAGGCUGCCUCAGACACAGAGUUCAAUUCAGUUUUUCACCAAACAAAUCCAUAAAAUCUAUAUUAUAUUCUUUUAUUAGAAGCAUUUAUAAUAUUGUCUCAACAUUCAUAAGAACUGUCCUGACAGAAAGCAUUGGAAGAGAUGCAAGUUAUGUUGUCUUAGAAGAGAAAGACUGUAAAUUUAAUGUGUAUAUAUGUUAAUUUAUCAUCUUUAAGAUGUAUACAAGUAUACAUACACACACUAUAGUUAAAAGGUUUGAGAAAAUAUGAAGCUUGCAUUUUUUCAACUUAAUGUUUAAAUCAAUUAAGUAUUUGCAACCCUACUUUAAUCUCUUUUAUAUACAUAUACUUUUGUUGUCUUAAUGUUUAAAAUAAUUCUCUUCCCGUUCAUGUUUCAUUUGACUCCGUUAAGAGUAUUGUGUGUGAUAUUAUUUGAAGGGUUUGUUUAAUGUCAAAAUCGUCAUUUUCUCUUUGGUCAAGAAAUAGUUUUGAUGACACAGAUAUUCAUUUCAUGAAUUUUAUAUAUAUAUUAAUUAUAUUUAAGAUUAACAAAUGCUUUGUUCUUGGCUAGAACAACACUUAACCGUUAUUUGUUAACAAUACCAAAGAAAGAACACUCUUAUCUGUUUCAACAUGCCUCAAACUGUCCCAUUCCUCCCAGUUAUGUUUCAUAUGAUAAGUUAUAUUGCUAUCUGAGCUCAUUUCACUGAUGUAUGUAAAAUUAUUUUACCAUAAAAUAGUGGCACCCUGAUCCAGAUCAUAUCUGUGACAACUCUAUUUCCACAGGGGAAACACCUUCAUCCAAAAAGACCAAACACCUUAUGCAUAAAACAUAGAGAUGAACAUUUCACUUUGGAUCCAGAACAAGGCAUUCUCAGAGGGAUUUCCAAAAAAGAAAAAAUACUGACUUUGGCUUUUGAAAUGUGCUGAAUGUAUGCCUGAGGUUGAAUAGUGUCUCUAAGGACUCAAUGACACUGCUCAAACUCACCAACAUCACCAAAAUACUGAAAGGACUAUGUACAAAGUGCCAAACACAUCAAUGGGAACAAUGUAAGCAUUUCUGCAUUUAAAUGUGUUUAUUUGUAAAAGUUAAAAAGAAAUUACCCAGAAAUUAUCUGUAAUUGUCAUGACAUUACAAACUAGAUGUUUGCCUGUGGAUUUGUUGUGCCAUUUGUUGUUCAAGUAUAAAUGCAGAUCAAUCUAUGAAUAGAGCACUGCAGAUUGAUCUCAGAAGUCAAUGAGUUAUGAGAACCAUGUGUGUAAAGUUGUCUGUGAUUUUUAUAAUUGGGGGAGGCAUGAACAGCCUUAAAUGACUGUGAAUGGUCUUUUUAUAACACAAGUUCAGUGUCACAUUAGUUUCCCACUGUACAAAACAUAAGCAGCAUUAUAUACUAGACUUGCCACACCGAUACGGUAUCUACAUUUAAACCGAUUAUAUCAGUAUUAGUGGAGUCAUUUCAAGCUUGAAUGUUACGUGACAAAGCGGUGAUAUCUACAAUAAAUUGGUGAAUUUUUUACUGUUGAUUUCGUUUUCUCAUUAACUCCAUUAUUUAUUCAUUAAGACUGUUUUGUGAGAACGAGAGGCAGAUUUAAUGUGUGAACACUAUAAUAGGCCAAUCAUAGUUCAAUGGAGACACUGCCUUCUCUUUUCCUCCAAUGAAUGAAAAAAAAACCCCACACAUUUAUAUGUCACCAUAUGCUAUUCCACAUUUCUGCAGAUGUCACCAUAGAAACAGGCUCUACAUCUGUGAGCAGAGUCUGGAUGUGUCUGCGAUAUGAUUGGAUAUCUAACACCUGUUCAAAAAGAUCUGUAGCUACAGGCACUUACCUAUCAAGCCUGAAGCAAUCUCAAUGAUUUCUUUAGAUCUUACUGGGAACAAUUCAUCUGUGUGUGCUUUCUUUUUAAAUAAAUUAGUUCUGACAAAUCAA